GUUCCUCUUGUCUAAUCUACAUUGCAACCAAACUUGUCAUUGUCAAAAGCAUAUAACCAAAAAUUUCUCUUUGGAUUUAUCUGUCAAACAGUCAUCAUGGCACCGCGAUUCGAGAUCGCAGUUGGUCUGCGAAAAGGCCACAAAACAACUAAAAUAUCAGCGGGAAAGAAGGGCAUUACAGAUAAAGCGAUCAGGAUAAGGCCAGCAAGACUAAAGGGUCUUCAAACAAAACACUCAAAGUUUGUGCGUGACUUGGUCCGUGAGGUUGUAGGACAUGCACAGUACGAAAAGAGGGCUAUGGAGUUGCUUAAGGUGUCAAAGGACAAGCGUGCACUCAAGUUUUUGAAGCGUCGUCUAGGCACUCACAUCCGUGCCAAGAGGAAGCGAGAAGAGAUGAGCAACGUACUGACGCAGAUGCGUAAAGCCGCCGCUCAGGCUCACCACACGACCACACACACUAAGUAAAAAAAUAAAACUUAGCUUUUA